CUGCUCGCCGCCUCCCCGAAGGGCCUUCCCCCAGCACGGAGGAUGGCGGCGGCGGCGGCGGCCGCUCCGACCCAGCUGGAAGCCGAGCUCUACUACCUGAUCGCGCGUUUCCUCCAGUCGGGACCUUGCAAGAAAUCCGCCCAGGUGCUGGUGGAGGAGCUGGAAGAGCACCAGUUGAUCCCUCGACGCCUGGAUUGGCAGGGCAAAGAGCACCGGAGAAACUUUGAGGACCUGGUGGCAGCCAAUGCUCACAUCCCUCCAAAUUACCUGCUCAAAAUUUGCGAGCGGAUCGGGCCCCUCUUGGACAAAGAGAUCCCACAGAGUGUGCUGGGAGUGCGGACUCUGCUAGGAGUGGGGCGGCAAUCAUUGCUUAGGGCAGCCAAAGAUUGCAGGCACACGUCAUGGAAGGGAUCGGCAUUCGCAGCGCUUCACAGAGGCAGGCCUCCCGAACUACCUGCGAACUAUGGGAAGCCACCAAAUGUGGUCAAUAUAAUCUGUGCCCGGCAGUCAACUGGAUAUGGACGCUUCAGCCAUUUGUUCCCAUCAUCCUUCUAUCAGCAUAUCAAGAUGCACAAGAGGAUUCUGGGGCAUUUAUCAUCUGUGUAUUGUGUAGCAUUUGAUCGAAGCGGGAGAAGAAUUUUCACGGGUUCGGAUGAUUGCUUGGUGAAAAUCUGGGCUACAGAUAACGGGCGGUUGCUUUCCACGCUCCGAGGACAUUCAGCUGAAAUUUCUGACAUGGCUGUGAGUUAUGAAAACACGCUCCUUGCUGCAGGCAGCUGUGACAAGGUGGUCAGAGUAUGGUGUCUUCGAACCUGUGCACCUGUUGCAGUGCUGCAGGGCCACUCAGCUUCCAUUACGUCCAUACAGUUUUCUCCAGCAAGAAAAGGAACAACUCGAUACCUCACAUCUACUGGUGCUGAUGGAACCAUCUGCUUCUGGCAAUGGCAUUUAAACACAAUGAAAUUUAAGGAUCGGCCAGUCAAAUUUGCAGAAAGGUCUAGACCUGGUGUUCAGAUAUCUUGUUCGUCUUUCAGCUCUGGUGGUAUGUUUAUAGCAACAGGGAGCACUGACCAUGUGAUAAGAAUAUAUUAUUUGGGCUCUGAAUCUCCAGAGAAAAUUGCUGAGUUAGAAUCUCAUACGGAUAAAGUAGUUGCUGUUCAGUUCUGCAACAAUGGCGAUAGAUUAAGGUUUGUCAGUGGAAGCAGAGAUGGAACAGCCCGAGUGUGGCACUAUCAAGAGCAAGAAUGGAAGAGUAUAGUUUUGGAUAUGGCUACCAAAAUGACUGGGAACAACGUGCCAUCUGGGGAGGACAAAGUAUCUAAGCUGAAGGUGACGAUGGUGACUUGGGAUCGAUACGACACCACUGUUAUCACAGCAGUCAACAACUUCCUUUUGAAAGUGUGGAACUCCUCCACAGGCCAACUUCUUCACACCUUAUCCGGCCACGAUGACGAAGUGUUCGUCUUGGAAGCUCACCCAUUUGACCAAAGGAUCAUGCUUUCUGCAGGUCAUGAUGGGAACAUUUUCAUUUGGGACCUUGAGAAAGGAACGAAAAUCCGCAAUUACUUCAACAUGAUCGAGGGCCAGGGCCACGGUGCAGUGUUUGAUUGCAAAUUCUCCCCGGAUGGUCAGCAUUUUGCCUGUACAGAUUCACAUGGACACCUUCUACUGUUUGGCUUUGGGUGCAAUAAAUAUUAUGAAAAGAUUCCAGAUCAGAUGUUCUUCCACACAGAUUAUCGCCCCCUGAUCCGUGAUGCUAAUAACUAUGUGCUAGAUGAACAAACUCAACAGGCCCCACAUCUCAUGCCUCCCCCCUUCUUGGUAGAUGUGGAUGGAAAUCCUCACCCCACAAGAUACCAACGACUGGUGCCAGGGCGGGAAAAUUGUAAAGAUGAACAACUCAUUCCUCAGCUGGGAUAUGUGGCAAAUGGUGAUGGUGAGGUGGUGGAGCAAGUGAUUGGACAGCAAACCAAUGACCACGAAGAAAGCAUCCUUGAUGGAAUGAUCAGGGAGCUGCAGCGAGAACAAGAUCUGAGGAGGCUUAGUGAAGGCGAAGCUCUUCCAAACCCUCCACAAAACCGAUCGCAGUCUAUUAACACGUUGAGAAGCCCAAGUCUGGAUAUAGCUUCCCCGCCAAACGUUGGGCUCAGGCGGAGCGGUCAGAUUGAAGGUGUCCGGCAAAUGCACAACAACGCUCCCAGAAGUCAGAUGGCCACGGAAAGAGACCUCAUGGCGUGGAGCAGGAGAGUGGUAGUGAACGAACUGCAUCCUGGGGUUAGCAGAGUUCAGGAAGAGUGCCGAGCUGCUAAAGGGGACUUGGAAAUUCAUCUCUAUACUCUUGAAAAGAAGAGAAAGCCGUCCCACAGUUUUCAGCGGAGUGACUAUCAGCCGGGCAGCGGGCGAUCCUUACGAAGAACCCAGCGCAAGCGCCAGCAUGCUUACCAAACACGCUCCACUAUCGAACAUCAUUCCCAAGGCGUAAGGAGGCGCUCGCACACCCAGGAAGACUCUGACAGUUCUUCUGAGGAAGAUGACACAGCGGGCACAAGUGAUGCAUCCGUCGAUGACAACGUGGCCGCCUGGCAGAGUGAAAGCAGCUCCAGUGAUUCAUCCAGUGAAUAUUCUGACUGGACUGCAGAUGCUGGAAUAAAUCUCCAGCCUCCAAAAAGGCAAACAAGACAGGCAGCUCGCAAAAUUUGUAGCAGCUCCGAGGAUGAAAAUGUAAAAGAUACAAAAGGGCAGGAAGAAAAACACAAAAAACCCAAACAGGCCCGAAAAAAGAAACCUAGUGGAUUACUUUCCAUCGAUGGUGAACCCACUGAGGAGUGGUUUGCUCCCCACUGGAUAUUGGAUACCAUUCCACGACGUUCCCCCUUCGUCCCACAAAUGGGGGACGAGAUAAUCUAUUUCAGGCAAGGGCAUGAAGCUUAUGUCCGUGCGGUUAGGAAAGCAAAAAUUUACAGUGUUAACAUGCAAAAGCAACCGUGGAAUAAAAUGGAACUCAGGGAACAAGAAUUUGUGAAGAUUGUGGGAAUUAAGUAUGAGGUUGGACCACCUACGCUUUGUUGCUUGAAGCUAGCCUUUCUUGAUCCCAUCGCAGGCAAAAUGACUGGUGAAUCAUUUUCCAUAAAGUACCACGACAUGCCGGACGUGAUUGAUUUCCUUGUGCUGCAUCAGUUUUACAAUGAAGCCAAAGAACGGAACUGGCAGAUCGGAGACAGAUUUCGCAGCAUAAUCGACGAUGCAUGGUGGUUUGGAACAGUAGAAAGUCAGCAGCCAUUCCAGUCUGAAUAUCCUGAUAGUUCCUUUCAGUGCUACAGCGUUCACUGGGAUAAUAAUGAAAGAGAGAAGAUGAGUCCCUGGGACAUGGAGCAGAUUCCCGAAGGAACUGCUUAUCCAGAAGAAGUCGGGGCUGGAGUCCCCGUGACAACAGAGGAACUAGCAUCUCUGCUCUACAAGCCACAGGAGGGCGAAUGGGGCUCCCAUUCCCGCGAUGAAGAAUGUGUGCGAGUCCUUCAGGGCAUCGAUCAACUUCUUUCCCUAGAUAUUGCCAACCCCUUUGCUGUCCCCGUGGACCUUAGUGCCUAUCCUCUGUAUUGCACUGUUGUUGCUUAUCCAACUGACCUCACCACAAUAAGGAGAAGACUUGAAAACAGAUUUUACCGGAGAAUAUCUGCUCUAAUGUGGGAGGUACGAUACAUUGAGCAUAACGCUAGGACCUUCAAUGAGCCCGAUAGUCCUAUAGUUAAAGCAGCCAAAAUUGUAACAGACGUCUUACUUCACUACAUUGGGGAUCAGAGUUGUACAGAUAUUCUGGAGAUCUAUAACAAAGUGAAAGCAGAAGACUUGAGCAGCACAGAGGAAGAGGAGGAGGUGGCAGAAACGUGCGCUGAUUCAGAUGGCCCGGGAACUUCCUCUGGGAAAAGAACUGUAAAACGGCAGAAUAAAGGACAGGCUUCAAAACCACAUGCCGAAGCUUGGAAUGAGCAGUGCAAGCAGUUAUUAAGCCUGAUUUAUGAACGUGAAGACUCUGAGCCAUUCCGACAACCUGUUGAUCUCUUUUCAUAUCCUGAUUAUCGAGAUAUUGUAGACACACCAAUGGACUUCAGUACUGUGAAAGAAACUUUGGAAGCUGGUAAUUACACAAACCCCCUUGAGUUCUACAAAGAUGUUCGCUUGAUAUUCUGCAACUCCAAAGCGUACACUCCUAAUAAGAAGUCAAGGAUUUACAGCAUGACACUCCGAUUAUCCGCCUUGUUUGAAAACCAUAUUAAGAACAUAAUCUCUGAGUACAAGUCUGCAGUGCAAUGCCAGAAGAAGCGAAGGCCGCGGCUACGGUACCGAAAGCGCCUCCGGAGCAGCAGCAGUUCUUCCUCAAGUAGCAGAGCGCCCAGCCCAAAGGGAAAACAAAAACAACUGAAGAUGCAGCCUAAAACAAACUCAAAUACCUCACUGCCUUUAACUAGGACUAAUUCUUCAGUUUCAUCUCAUGUUUCAGAUACUACUGAGGAACCACCUGGCUCAGCAACUGCUGAAGAAAGGGAAAGUCAUCCAUCCUCAUCUGGAUCAAACAUCCUGAAUCGUAGUGGAAAUGAUGCUGAACCAGGGAAAAACAGGCUAGUCAGAAAUAAACUGACUCCAGUUAAACAAGAUCAGCCUUCGGAAAAGCCUCUGACAAAUGGUGAUGGCAGAGAACUCCGGGCAGCCGUCAAGCGAAAGCUGUCAAGUGCAUCAGAAGAGGACGAACAGACUAGUGAGGAGAAGAAGAGAGAACAGAAGGAAAAGCCAGGUGUAUCUUCCUCAGAGAGUGGGGACUCACAAUCAGGCUCAAGUUCUGAGAGCCGUUGUGGCUCUGAUUCAGACUCUGAAUCGAGCUCCAGGACCGAUCAGGACUACGUAGAUGGAGACCACGAUUACAGCAAAUCCGUGCAAGUGAAGCCCAAGAGAAAACUCAGAAGGAACAUCUCCAACGGGCAGAGAAAUUGGCAGGGUAGAGGGACGGGGAGGAGAGGGCGGUGGGGCCGGUGGGGCCGGUGGAGCAGAGGCGGGCGAGGCAAUCGUGGAGGAAGAGGCUGUGGCAGAGGAAGAGGAGGAGGCAGGGGAGGCAGAAGAGGACGCGGGAGAGGAGCCCCGAGAGGAGCCUCCCGAGCAAAGCGCCCCAGGAUGGCGGAUGACGAAUUUGAGAAUCUUUUCAGCGGUCGCUUCAGCGAGAAUGCCUUUGGGGGCCGGUUCAGUCGGCCGCCUCGGAUUAAAACGAGGAACGAGGGCAGGCGGACUGUUUUGUAUAAUGACGAUUCAGAUAAUGACACUUUCGUGCACACGGAGGAUCCCCUGAAUCUUGGUACUUCCAGGUCAGGCAGGGUACGGAAAAUGACAGAAAAGGCCAGGGUCAGCCACCUCAUGGGCUGGAAUUAUUGACCGAGGGGAAACGGUGGAACUGGACAUGGGGGCGAGGACUUCAGAGGCUUUCUACUGCAGGGAUUUCUGCCAGAAAAUCUACUAAGCAAAUUGUGGGGGUGGGGGGGACUCCACUCACAUUUUUCUGUGGUGCUUUCCAUUUUGCCCAUAUGUUUUUUGUGUGUUUGCCGACUUCUUAUUGCCCCACGUUCUUGGCCAAAAGAAGCCUUACCCAUGUAUCCUAUAACCUGCUGCAAAAAUGCUUCCCCACACUACACCUUGAGUUGGUCACAGGGCUGUGGCAUUUGAAUCAUGUUUAUGAAGUCUCUCAUACUUGCUCUUACUUUUUCUGUGCAUUAUAGAAACAGCACCUUUUUACAGAGUUCUAAAAACAUGGUCUGCCAUUAAUUCCUCACAUACCAUAAUAUCUUUUGCACAAUACACCAGUCCUCAAGGCAGCUAUAAAAUGUUUACAGUUUCUCUAUUGUGCACAGGUUCUGGAUUAUUUGAUCUUCCCAGGCCAAACUUUCAUGAAUUUGUGAUGAACUGAAGUGUGUUCAUAGUUGGGUAUUUUGAUAUGCUUUCCUCAUUGGUUUUUAAUUCAUGCUUUAAAGAGAGGGAGAUUAAGAGAGAGGGUUGGUGCCUUGUAAUAUGUAGCAAAUCUUUGACGUGAGAUGUCUAACACAUGUUAACAAUGUUAUAACAGAAUACUUGAAAAAUACGAAUAUCUAGACACAGAGGUGCCAAAAGCAAAAGUUGACCUGCAUCAAUUUUGUUUCUGCUGUCCUCCUAUUUUUAUUGCAUUAAUCAAGAUUACCACUAAGAUGUUGACAUCAGUAUUGGAUUGACUGGCUGUUCAUGAACACUUCUUUUCCUAGUAGUUUAGCUACCUCCAGGCAUGCAAAUAAUACAACCUUUACAGUUUUCUUCAGUAAUGGGGCUGCAAUAGGUUCUAUGGAGCAGAGUCGCUCAGUAAACGACAAAAUAACUGUUAGUUGGCCUCCAGUCUGACAAUCGUACUUGAUAAAUAUUUCACGGAUUUGCUAGUUCAGAUAUUCUGUUGAGUUUGCACAUAUUUGUGCAAACUACGAUAUGAUUUCCCCCUCUGUCUGUCUCUCUCUCUCUCUCUCAUACACGCUACGCUUUGUUUCUGUUUUUAAUUUGCCCCUUACAGUGGUAACAGCAUCUUUUUUAAAACACUGUUGCCCCCAUGCUAAUGCACGUAACUGAAGCUCACACAUGUGCAUUUGAUAACAUCUCAAGGUUCCAGAAAAGAAUUCAUUUGCUCUUAUCCCAGAGAUUAAUUGAUACGGGAACUCCAGAACUUAUGCGAGACCCUAUUUUGCAAGUGUUUCCCUGUUUGUUUCGUUGAAGGAACCUGGUUGACUUGCUCCUAUUUCUUCAUUUAGGGUGACCAGCUUUUUGCGGUUGACAUGAGCAGGGAGUCUCACAUUGGCAGGGUUUGGAUGACAGUGGAAGUGUAUGGUUUGAUACUGAAAAAGCAAAGUGCACAAGUGGUUUAACAAUAUGUUAAUUUAAGGGAAAUUGAGGGUUGAAGAACUAUUCUUUUCCUGCUCCUCAAGCAUUUAACAGCACAUUAAUGUUUUGAAUGGUGCUUUCCCCCCAUGCCCCCGAGAUGAAAGAACUUACGUUUUCCUAUUUUUUGUAAUCUGCAAUAUAGGAGAAUUGAGUGGAGGAAAGAGGAACAGGAGGCCCAAAUAAAAUGAUGGGUAUAUCAUGUGGAUCCUUUCCCCCCGGUCUUGCGGGCAAAGUCCUUGCCUAACACUGUUGGUCACAGUUGGCAAACUUCCACACAACAACAGUAGGAUUACUUGCAUGCUAUGUUCAACCAAAUGCACACACAGAAAUCGCUUAGGUAUCCUAAGUGUGAAUGGACAUGUUUAAACAACCACAGUCAGACGGAAAGCUGUUUGCCAAAGUGUUAAGGACCAUGUGGGCAAACAUGAAAUACUGUCAUGGAUAAGUGACGGAGCAUUUCUAGACGGCCUUAGUUUAGAUGCUAGUCCGACAGCCUCAUGGAGUGCACAGUUGUGCUAGUUCAGUCACUUCUUUUGCCCAUGGGAAGCCUGAGGUGCACACGGAGCUCUCGGCCCCCAACACGGCUCCGUCCUGCUUGGUCCUCUUUGCAUGUGGAUCUGCUCCCCUUAGUGAAAUCACGGAGCAGUAGCCUGAAUACACGAGGCCCUUCUAUCCAUCUGCAAGUAUGCAUGGCUCUAGCUCAGGACGGGCGAGUAAGGAGUCUCCCAGUUCGGAACAGCGCUUCAGAUUUACAUGCCGGGGGCAAAUUUAAAAGGGCUCUCAUAUCAGCCUCUUCCUCCACUAGAACAUCAUGGGUGUUUGAAUUUCAGUAUAUAACCCCACCAAGGGUAUGCAUAACCACCAUGGGAACAAAUAAUGUUAUCUCAAUAAAUUGAUAUUCUGGGCCAUAGAAGUUUUGUAUAUUUUUUCCUCUUGCUGAAACCAGUUGUUAUUGUACUCAGUGUGAAGAAUUCUUUCUUGGGGGAGAGAGAGACUGUGCAUUGUUGCUGUUUCCUCUCUAAAAUAUAGAUGUACUUUUUAGCAGCAAUUAGUAUAUGGAUGAAAAACCUUCAGUGGUUUCUCGUCCGUAGGUGUAAUUAUCUAAUGUGCAGAUGAUAGCCUAGCGAAAUCAUUUCAUUGAUUAGAAGCGAGUUUUCUAAACUGACAAAGAGCUAGGCAGCAAAGAUGUGAAAACAGCAGAGGCUUCACCUGUUCUAAAAGAUCAGAGAGUUUCUUGUGCACGGGAAAUCAGAUGCAUGGGAGAAAGUAGGUGAAACUUUGAGUUAGGUUAUUUGGAUAGCGUUCAAUGAGGAUUCCUCCCUAGCCCUGCUUAUUUUGUUUUUAUUGUGGCUGCUCAAGGAUACCAAGUGCUGUUCAUGAGUCAUCUCGAUGUGUGAAUCAUUUGGAAAUGUCUCCUCUCCAGUGUCAGAGUUAGAUAGGACCAUGUAGCAAUUUUCCUCAGGAAGAAGGAAAAAGACUGACCAAGUAAGGCCCAUUCUCCUGUAGACAGCACUCAGGACGCCAUGAUUUGUCUCCCAUCUUGUGCUCUGCCUUUUUCUGUUCCUUGCAGACGCCCCAGUACCACCUGGAGGCAGCCAUGCUUGUGUCAAGCUUUCAUGGUUACUCACUGAAUGCUUGCAGCAAAGAUCAAAUGUUUGAACUGAAUGAGCAUCCCAUCCUUAGCCAACUGAGCUUAAAAGACCCCUUGGGAUUCUUGCUUGUGUGGGAAUCAGUGUCAGCUUGCUUGGUUCUGUUCAUUUCAGUAGGUUUAUGUACUUGUAGAUAACAUAGGUUGAUAUACUAACUGUACUUCAGUAAGUUUAUGUGCAUAUUAUGCAUAUCACGAAUACAUGAUAUGUAUCUGAUUAGUUCUUCGUCCGUCCCCCCCCCCCCAGUUCUGUCUGCUUUACAGCCAUUCAGGGUGCAACCAAAGAAAUUUCCAGCCAAAUUUAAGUUUAAAUUUAAAUUUAAGAGGCGUUAAGGACAAAUUAGUGUUGACUGAUUUCUGCCACUUCCACCACAGCCCACCCAACCCCCUCUCCCAGGCCGUAAACAAGUGUCAAAUGUGAUAGUCUUCGUAUUUUUAAACCUUGCACAUCAUCUCUUCCCUUCUGCUUGGACACGAGCGCUUCAUUUGAAGGAUUUGGCCACAGCAGGACUUUUGUAUGCUUUUCCAGUCAUUUUGUAUCAGACUUGAUCCAUUCUUUGCUGCCUUCCAGUCUUGCUCCUUGUCCCUCACACUUGGGGACUCAUAUUCGUCCUCGUAUUCUUCCCAAUAGUUGUAACUGGCAAUAACUUAAGUAACUUAGUGAUUUUGAUACCAAAUUAUCUUUGACAAUAAGCCUUCCAAAAGGGGGGGAUUUAUUUAGAAAGGAAAUUCUGUUGUGUUUCAAUAGAUAAGCUACUGAAUAUCUGGGCAGAGUAAAUCUAACCCUUACAUUUUAAGGGAUUCUACAAGGUGUGCAAAACUCCAUCCAUGUACACUGGAUGUUCAGAUUCAAAAUUUAGCACAAUGUUUUGUCGCAGGUGGAAUAACUGGCUCUGUUUUAUCUGAAUUGCCCAUUGUCCCUGGCUCUUCCGCCCACAGUCUGCUUUUUACCCUUUUGACACCUUAGGUUUCUUGUGCAAUUUAGCACGUGCAUUUUGGAAGCAGUCUUUUAAAAAGGAUAGUAAUGCAUCAUCUUUAGAAAUAACCAGCAUGAAAUAGGAGGAAGUAUAAAUGACUAUUUUCACAGAUUUUGAAAUAACUAAUAGCUUUGGAUUUUUGCAUACAGGCUUUAUAGGUACAUGAAAUGUGCUGGUAUCAAAAGCAAUAUUAGGUGCUUCAUCUGAAAGUUGUUUAAUGCCUUGCUGAACUUCUGAGGUUGGGAGAACUGGGAGCUAAAUGUAUAAUGAAACCAACUCAGUUUUGGUCAGUUCUCUUUCUUUCUCAAGCAUUACCUUUAGCCACCAAGAAGCAAAGUAUCUGACUGUACUCAGUGUCGUUUUCUUGUUUCCCAUUGCUGUCUGGCAUUGCUGUUCUUUGCCACAACUGGAGUCCUCAUGGAAAAUUUCGGAGCGGUAACUUCUCCACAGGAAUCAAGGGUUCUGGUUCAAGCCUCGUGGCAAACCAUCUAAAUGUCUUGCAGAGUCAAGUGAUUCCCCCGCAUGUAGUUGAUGUUAAAAUAGUGAGGAUUUGCAAGAGCAAAGAUUAAAGUGCUCUGCUGUCUUUUUGUGGAGGAAACAUAAUGGCCUAUAAAAUGUUGCCUAUACUGUUUAGCAGCCUUAGAAACUGAUAAUGGCACAUUUCUCAGCAAUAAUCCAAAUCAUGCAAAGACGUGUGUGUUUAAUGGAUUCAUAAUGAAAUUGAGGAGAUUAACUUGAACAAUUUAUCUUUCUCUAGUUGUGCUGAUAACAUACCAGGACAAAAAGGCAUAGCGUAGGCUCAACCCUAAGGGUGUUUUGUCAACCUGUAGAGAACUGCUUCCAUUCAGUAUGUAUUGCAAUGUUAAUGCUUUUAAAGACAUGUUGAAUUGGUUUCAUAAUUGAUCCUAAGAAAUGUCAUGUGAACUUUAUUUUUUUCCUUAAAAAAAAAUCAGCCUGACAUUUCUAGACCAAUGGCUCUGUUCAACACCUAAGGGAGACUGAGUAGGAGGCACUUCCGGGGAAAGCUCUACGUUCUUUAAAAUAUGUGUCAUAAAUGUCUGCAUUUAUAAGAAGUCACUUUUCAAAUAUGACUAUAACAGAUGUUUACAUUUUAAAAAAAGAUACCAAUCGGCAAUGUUUUUAACAAUUCUAUUUUUGAAAGAGAUUGCCCGGAGUUAAAGAACAAUAUUGAACCUGUACAGCUUAGCCCACAGCAAAUUCGUGUCAUGGGAUCCCAGUGAAAAUGCUAUCAGUGCAACGCACGUUGGUCCGCUCUUGUGCAAGCUCCUUUAAAUCAACAGGAAGCACUCGUGAGCCAUGUCUUGGCACGCUCUUUUUUAUUUCCAUGGGGUGUGCCAGGAAAGAUCCCUGCUGGGAUGCGGCCUGUAUUUUCCAAUGGAAUUGCUGUCACAGCCUUAACCUAUAGUGUUAUAUAUGAUGGUGCUUAUAAAUACAUGUAUAUGCAUGGAAGUGGGUGAGUCAUUUUCAGACAGUGUUUAAGCAAAGGAACUGGAAGUCCUAUAGACCUGUUGCAUACCAGUUAUAAGGUUUUUGUAUUUCUCAUCAUCCCAAUAUCUAAACUCAGUAACACAUUAAGAAUAGUAGGCCUCAAUCUUGGUUAGAUUAUAGUUCACGUCUUCCUUAUUUUCCCUCCCCCCACGAAGGAGGCCUGUGAGGAUGUAGGAUAAGGGUGUUUGCAAUGUGAUAGAAUGAAAGUGAUUGUUAAUAUUUGAAUGUGGUGGUAACAUAUCUUGACUAAAUAGUAUUUAGUGGCCAUGUUUCCAUAUCCCAGGCUUUUUUUCAGUCUUUUUUAAAUGUCAUGCCUUCCCCCCACCCCCGCCUCUUUUUAGUAAAGCACUUUCCCAGUUGCUUUGCAUAUCUUUUGGAACAAUUCUUCUUUCCUUGCUGACCGCUGGCCUGACUGACGAAAGUCGGAGUCCAGCAUUGGCAGAGUACCAGGUCAGGGAAAAGAUGAUGAAACUUCAACAUAAACGUAGUUUAGAACUAACCAUUUGGAGUUCAUUUGUUUACAGUUGACCUAGGCACACUCGUGUGUUUGUGACGUCAAAUGCGCCACCAAAAUAGAAGAGAAAAAGUGUACACAAACUGGUUUCAAUUGAUAUUGUUUUGCUUCUCUCUUAAUUUCAGGGGAUGCUCUUUGUUCAUAUCUUUACAUCUGCUAUCUCAGGUCCCUUUAAAACUGAAAUGCUUCAGGGAUUUUUAAUGCCACUUGAUGAUGGCAGACCAAAUGUAAUAUUUAUAUGCAAUGAGCUAUUAGUUUUUUGUAUUGUAAAAAAUGUAAAUUUGUAAAAAAAAUUUCUUAGAGAUUUUUGGGAGGGAGGGGGAGUGGGGGAGGGAUGCCACUUAAUGUAAUUUAGGAUGUUUCAUUUUCCAGCUGUGGGAUUAUCUUAAUAAAAAAAAACUCAUUCUCAUG